AAGUAGAAAGAAGACAGAACCGAAUCUCACUUCCUCUCUCACAUACUCACUCUCAUUUGCUAUAUUUUUAACAGAAGACAACGAGUAGCUUCAACCAAAAGGAAACAGUACCAACAGUAUCAGCGAUGGAGUUUUUCCAGAAAGCAAAAGCUGUUCGUAUGCGCAACAGCCACAACAAGUACCUAACAGCAGACGACGACGAAGAAACCGUUACUCAAAACCGCAACGGAUCAACCAAAAACGCUCGUUGGACCGUCGAGCCGGUUCGCGACUCGCACCACGUCAUACGUCUCAAAAGCUGUUACGGCAAAUACUUGACCGCUUCUAACGAGCGGUUCUUGCUCGGAGCCACGGGUAAGAAAGUGAUCCAGCUGAAACUGAGCCGGCUCGAUUCGUCUGUUGAGUGGGAGCCUGUUAGGGAAGGAUCAUCUAAGAUUAAGCUUAGGACUAGAUCCGGUAACUAUCUCAGAGCUAACGGUGGUCUUCCUCCGUGGAGGAACUCGGUGACUCAUGAUAAUCCUCAUUUGUCGGCUACUCAGGAUUCGAUCUCUUGGGAGGUUGAUGUUGUUGAGAUCUUGAUUGAUACUGAAUCCAAGAACGAGUCUCCGAAGAAGACGAUGACGCCACCUCCGCCGCAUCGGAGACCGUCGAGUACGCCGUUGUCGGUUUCUCAUUCCAGGACUUCGUCUUCUCUUUCAGACAGAUCUGAUUCAGAUUCGGUUGAGUCUCCGCCUAAAUCUGAGGGGCGAACCAUUUACUACCACAUCGCCGACGAAGAAGGACACGUGGAGGAUGAAACGACCGUUGGAUAUGCUUUCACGUUUAAAGGAAACAGCGUGGCGGAGCUGACUCAGACGUUGAGAGAAGAGACGUGCUUGGAAGACGCUGUGGUGUGCACUCGCAGUCCUUUAAACGGCAAGCUGUUUCCUCUUCGUUUGCAGCUUCCUCCUAACAAUGGAACUUUGCAUGUCGUUUUACUUCCCUCCUGCGCUAGUCUCUAGACUGGCACAAACCAAAAUAAUCGAGCUAUGAGAUUGGGUGGUUCUUGUUUGGUGAAGCAUAUGAUAUGAACCUUAUAAGAAGAUAGUAUAAGAGUUGGUAGUUGGUACAAGACUCGUGGCCACGGAAGUAAAAAGGCGUCGCACUUCAUCAGCGUUUGACAUUAAAAAAAAUAAAAUUAGUAUAGUAAGAGUUCUUGAUUAUAUAGCUAGGAAGGAGUUAUAAAAUUCUUUUUGGGGAACAUAAUGCGACUUGUUUGUCUUUGUAAAUAAGCGAUGAUUUCUUGGUAAACGAACAUUUUGAUUUUGAGGGUU